CACCAGCCGAGCUGUCAGCAGUACAGUUGUUCAACUUGACAGAGGAGACACUGCUGCUGAGUUUCAAGUUUCUACUGGCCUUCUAAGCAGCAUUUCACAGAGCCAUGGAGGAGGAGAAGCAGCCAACUGGAGAGCCUCACUUUGUGGGGAAGAAAGAAGAACUGAUUGAAGCAAAGCGCUCUUUCAGAACACUAGAGAGUCGGGACAUACUGAUCAUCUACCACCAGAACGUCUUCUAUGCUAUGGAUUCUUACUGCUAUCAUGCUGGGGGAAUACUGCAGAAUGGAGACAUUGAGGAAAUUGCUGGCAAGCUGUGCAUAAUUUGUCCAAAUCACAAGUACAAGAUCUCUCUUGCCAAAGGGGAGGGCAUGUACAAGGCCAGGGACCCCCAGGAAAAGCAGCCUGUGCCCAGAUGGUACUCCAAAGGUGUGAAGCAGCGGAUCCACACGGUCACUGAGACCAGCGGGAAUGUCUAUGUCAAGCUCUCUGAGGACACGUGCUGGAUCGAGUCAGACUUCUUCCAGGGAGAGAAGGGCAAGGUGGAAAGGGACAAAGUUGCAGCAGCUGAGAAGAAAACAUAAUAGUAAAACCAGUGUUUUAAAAUGUUAAAUGGAUUCAUGUGUGCCUUGCUAGUUGUUUACAUGAUAUUAAAAAAUUUUACUGAAAAAA